UUUAAAUAUGGAUACUGGAUCAAAGAAGGAGAUUAAAGAAAUGAUUACCAAAGAUAUAUCGAAUAUACAUAAUUAUUCCUUGGAUGUUAAAAAAUAUAUUAACAACCAGCUUGAAGACACUCUGGAUUAUUUACAUGGUUUAAUUGCUGAAAUACCACAAUCAGUCCCUGGCCCUUCAACUACAAAGAGGCCGAAAGUUUUGAAGAAAAAAGGUUAUCGCCGUAAAGAGACUAUCCCAGAAAAUGAUAUUAUCAAUACUGAUAAUACAGUAACAGAUUCAGCAGUACAUGAUAAAACAGAAAAUAAAGAUGUAAAAACUGGGGAUGUGCUGGAAACAACAAUUGACCGAACAAAAAGAAAGGCUGCAAUAAAAGCUGCAAUUAAUAUUAAAAAACAGCAGUCAAUGUCACUUGUUACAAAAUUACGAAGGCUAACUCUUGAUGAUGACAGUAAUAGGAAACGUGGAGGCCGACCUAAAAAAAAGGAAAGUGUUAGAAGUAGUUCAGAUGAAAAAAACACAAAAGGUCCUACAAAACAUAGUAAAACAAAAAAGAAUGUUUUAAGCGAAACAAUUUCAAAAGAAGAUGCAAUACAGCCAGAAAGGAUUGAACCAUUAAAGUCUUCAAUGACAACAAGAGAUAGUAAUAUAAAGAGAACUUUUUCACGGAGUGAAAACACGAAGGGUAAAUAUUCUAAUAUUAUUGAUGAUACAGUAAUUCCAUCAGCAAGAAAUGAUAUGGAAGAUCCUUCAAUGUGCGAGGAUGCACUUGAGAAAUUUACUCCUCUUAUGAAUUCCACGAUGGACAUCAAUUCUACUUAUACGCAGAAGAUGAUGGACGCUACCGCAAUUGUAGAACCUUUAUCAUCAAUAAAAUCAAACGAAACGGUAGUAAUGAAUAAAAACUUGGCUAGUAGUAUAGGAAAAAAUAAUGAACCUAAAUUUACAUCACGGUCGCCAAUAACUCUGCAGGAGGAGGUUCAGCAGCUGAAUCAAGCGAUUGGAUUCACCGAGUUCGAAGAAUUAUUCGCAGAAGAUGAGCCAUCCCGUGAAAGGGAAAUGUCUAAUAGAAACAUGACGAAACAGGACAUUCAAAAUGAAAUGAAGAAAAAUGUGCCCGUAAGAAGGAGAAUCGAGGCCUUUGAGAAAGAAAAAAUUUCAGAAAAAGCCAUUGUUCAAAAACUGGCACGAAGAUCUGUCGAAAAAGCAAAAAAAAUCUUAUUAGCGAAACAAAAGGAGGAGACUCAGAUGAUGACAUCGCAGCUCCAAACAGUAAGGUCCACUUCUGUUUUGCACAGUAAACCUGACGACGACACAUCGGACGAUGAAGCCAGACCAAGGCGUACAAUUCCACAUUAG